UUAUUAUUGAUCACGGUGAUAUUUGGGGCUGGCCUAAUUAAUUUAUCAUGGGCGUCAGAGUUUUGCCCACAAGAUGAGCUAGUGAAGCCGUGCGUAUGCGAAAAGGACCCUGAUACAAACCAACUGACCUUGGUCUGUGACCAAUAUUGGAUCCGCAACGAUGAAUUUGAUGUUUUAUUCAAGCGGCAAACCAAGAUCUAUGAGCUGGGUCCAAAUCAGUUUCAUGAUGUGCAGUUUGAGAAAAUUACACUCGACAAUCUGAACAGGGUCGAAAGAAUUCACAAACUGGCUUUUAAUGGCACCGCAAACAAUUUGAUCUCGUUCAAAAGCAGAGACGCGCCGUUGGGCUACUAUAAACCGUCGCCCGAUUACAACAUAUACCAGGCGUUGAGUGCUUGCAAUAAUUUACGGUACAUUGACAUCGAGGGAAGCGGCUAUUCACUG